GCCUAUACUUGCGUUCUGUUGAAAAUCCAAACUACCCUCUCUCUCAAUACAAAAGCUAAAGCUAAAGCUAAAAAAACCAAACCUUCCCUCUCUCUCUCUCUCUCUCUCUCUCUCUGCGGUUACUAUUUUAACUGUUGCUUAACGCCAACCCCUUCAACCUCCUCCACCAUACGUUUCUUUCUCCCUCACAUAAAUUCUCGCCCUGACUCUCUCUCUCUCUCUCUCUCUCUCACAACUUACUCUGCUUUCUUUCUCCUCUUCUUUUUCCGAUGGAUUCUUGCGCAGAGAAUUUGCAGGGCCCUUGCCCGUCCUCUCCCGAUACCGAAACGCCGCGAGCAGCCAGCUCCGCCGUGCAACGCGCCCUCCGCCUCAUCCAAUCUGACGACCUUGAUUCCAAGAUUGAUGCUGCUAAAGAAAUCCGCCGGCUCACCAAAACUUCUCAGAGGUGUCGCCGACAGCUUGCUCAAGCUGUUAACCCGGUUGUUUCCAUGCUCCGAGUUCUUGACUCGCCCGAGUGCCAUGAGUCCUCUCUUCUUGCACUUCUCAAUCUCGCUGUUCAAGACGAGAAGAACAAGAUAAGCAUUGUUGAAGCUGGAGCCUUAGAACCAAUAAUUGGCUUUCUUCAGUCACAGAAUUUAAACUUACAGGAGUAUGCAACAGCAUCUUUGCUUACUCUUUCUGCAUCUACCACGAACAAGCCGAUUAUAGGUGCUUCCGGUGCCAUUCCUUUGGUUGUGGAAAUCCUUAGGGGUGGAAGUUCUCAAGCCAAGUUUGAUGCUGUGAUGUCCCUUUCUAAUCUUUCAACACUUACAGAUAAUCUCAGCAUUAUUCUACGUACCAAUCCAAUCCCUUCUCUGGUUAGUUUACUGAAGACUUGUAAAAAAUCUUCAAAAGUGGCCGAAAAAUGUUGUGCUCUGAUAGAAUCUUUAGUGGGUUUUGAUGAGGGUAGAACGGCAUUGACAUCUGAAGAAGGUGGAGUCCUUGCUGUUGUUGAAGUGCUAGAAAAUGGGUCCAUCCAAAGUCGAGAGCAUGCAGUUGGGGCAUUACUGACCAUGUGUCAGAGUGAUAGAAGUAAAUAUAGAGAACCAAUUCUCAGAGAAGGUGUGAUCCCUGGACUUCUCGAGCUGACUGUUCAAGGAACACCCAAGUCACAGAUAAAGGCACAAACCCUGUUGCAGUUAUUGAGGGAUACUCCAUACCCAAGAUCUGAGCUUCAGCCUGACACACUAGAGAAUAUUGUGUGCAACAUUAUCUCCCAGAUAGAUGGAGAUGAUCAAUGUAAUAAAGCGAAGAAAAUGCUGGCUGAGAUGGUGCAAGUUAGCAUGGAACAGAGCUUGAGACAUUUACAGCAAAGGGCUAUGGUAUGCACACCCAGUGAUCUGGCCAUUAGUAGUUGUACUUCUGAAGUUUCUCUAAAAUGAUUGUUUUGGCUGUCAAAUUUUUCCUUUUUUAUCUUUUUUCUUUCCUUUUCUUUUCUCAUGUGGGUUUGUGAGAUAAGGUUUUCCUUUGUAAAAAAGCAUAAAAAAAAAAAGAAAAAAAGAAAAGUAUAGUGAAGAAUGCCAGUCCAGGCCUAGCGUCGGUAUCAGGUGACUGGUAAGUGUCAAUAAUAUGUUGUGAAGCUGCUUGAACAUUUUAUAGCUGGGUGUACAAAUUUUCAGCUAUUGAAUGGGAACUUGUAUCAGUAGAUUUAGUACAAGCGUUUAGAGCUCAAAUCUUAUGCAAUAAAUGCUCAUGUUUUCUAAACAA